UUGCGAUUAGCGCCAGUGAUCCAUUAAUUAGUUUCUUUUUAUAAACUGAAGAAGAUUGAGAAAUUGUGAGGAGCCAAAAGGAUUAUGGCUGAAGCUGUGGAACUUCCAACUCCUACGAAAUAUUUUUGCCAUCAAUGCUCGCGAGAAGUUUCUCCUUUGCACCCUUUUGUGGAAUUGAUAUGUCCUGAGUGCUCAAGUGGUUUUAUUGAAGAAGUUUCUCGGGACCUAUAUGAAGCCCAAGAAGAAUAUAUUGCUGAACAAGAAGAUGAAUUUAAUCCUGCUGCUGACUGGGAUCAUCAUAUAGCUGAUGAGCUGAUGUUACAAAAUGCUUUUCAAGUUCAGGGUAUACUUAACCGGGCAUUGAACAACAUUGGAGUUGAUGAAGAUGAAGAUUCUGAAGCUUCUUAUGCAGAGCAUUUGUUUAGUAUAAAUGAACUGGAAAAUUACUUUAAUUAUCGAGCAUUUGAAAUGACAAGGGAUGGCUCAAGUUUUACAGAUUAUCUUCUGGAAGAUAAUAUAGAUACACUUGUCACACAGUUUCUUGAUGAAGUAGAAAUUUCUGGACCACCACCUCUUCCAGAAGCUCAAAUUAAAUCACUGCCAACCAAAACAAUCUCAAAGGAACAUGUAGAUAAAGGUGUACAGUGUACGGUCUGCAUGGAUGAUUUUGCUUUGAGAGAAAAAGUUAAAUGCCUACCAUGUCAACAUUUUUACCAUGAAAAAUGUAUAACUCCAUGGCUAGAAAGGCAUGCCACAUGUCCAAACUGUCGGGAAACCAUAAAGAUUCAGCCAAACUGUAGGGGCAGACGAUCUGUUAGCUGUCCGAGGUCAAGCAGACAUUCAGAUGAAGAAAGUCAACACAACUCGGACUCUUCAGCUUCCUCAUCAUCAUCGUCCUCGCUCAGUGAUUUUUUCUCAACCAGUAUAAAUCCAUUUCGAUUUUUGCAUUAGGAAGGUGGUGUAUGAUAGUGUGCAACAUGGGUGAAAUUAUCAUCUCUGUACAGGUUAAGGACUUGUAAAUAUGCUAUUUGAUACAAAAUUUUAAGAGACAGUCUUUGAAGAAUUGAGUGUUCUUUGUGGUUUGUUUUAUAUUAGGAUUUCAAUGCUUAAGUCAUUUUUGGAAUUUUUAAGUGUUCUGCAAUUUUUGGCAAAAGAAGCAAAAUCUAAAUUAAAGUAUUUAUCCUGCAUUUUAUAACAAUUUUGCUUAAAAGUUAUAUAACAUCUAGUUUGCUUUUAUUGCUGAAAUUAUUUAUCUUUUCAAGCAAGCUUCGUUUUUAAGAAUUAAAUUCUGUGAUUCUCCCAUACAUAGUUAUUAAAACUUGGUGCCUUCUCAGUAGCAAAUCGCAAGUUUUUAUGCUAAUUUGCCUAAAUUUGCUUAACGUGUAUUUAGUUAAAGUAAAAAUCUAAGAAAAAAAGCUUUUACUUAAAUAGUGUAACUUCAAACUGGAGUGAUCACUGAUAGUUGAAUUUGGCAUCUCAACUGUGAGAGAUUUGAAGAAAUUGAUGUUUUUCUUUCACUGGGUGAGUGAAAUACUGCUCAUGUAAGAUAUGUUGGCUCAUACUAUACAGAAAAUCUAUGUUUAUUUUUUUUUUUUUUUUAUUUGAGACUUUGUUCCUGUAUGAUUAAUACCAGUGUUAGAAAGUAUGUUUAUAAUUUAAAUACAGUAGAAAUCUAAUUUCUUAUUAAAGUAUUUCAAUUUCUAUACAUAUCAAAUAAUAAUACUGUGAUUGUUUAACUAAGAUUCAUUUUUACCGUCUUGUUUAAAAUUUGAUAUUCUUGAAAAAUAAUUUUACUGUUAGUUCUUAUACUAAUAUUCUAAGUUCAGGGGUGCUGAAAAUUUCCAGAGCUUAAAAUUUCCCUGAAACAAAAUUGUUGCUCAAUACUGUACUUGCAUCAUAUUUACAGCAUUACAAUGUGGGAAACCUAGUAGUUUCAUUUAUUAUUUAGCAUGUUUGAUAUGUCUAAUCAAUCACAUUUGUCAAAUGUCUUACAUAAACACCAUCUGUUAAAAUUAAAAGGCUUAACUGGUUAUAAAAGCAAAAAUCAAUGUUAUAAAGUUAUAAAUCUUUUAAAAAAUGGAUCCUCUAAAAAAAUUUUCCCUAAAAAGUGCAAAAUUUUUAACCUAAACUAGUUCAGGCAUUCAGACCUAUUUUGCACCCCUGUCUAAAAUGUUAUAAUUUAAAUUACACCAUCAAAAAUUAUCUUGCCUUUUAAAGACAUUUUAAAACAUGAACUUCCAUUGGAAACCUGUGGUGAAACAUAAUAGAACUUUUGAGUGUGAUUUUACAAUUCAAGUGCCUUUUUUUAGAGUACUUACUUAUAAUCUCCUUUUGAUAGGUUAAAGUUUAAAUCCAAUUAUUCAUUAAAAUGCAAAAUAAAUAAACAUAAAUUAGUAAGAUGAAAUUAAUAGAAUUUUAAUAAGUAAAAUAUCACUGAAAUGAUUAACCUAGUUUCUAAAUUAUAUUUGUGGAAGAGAAAAUUCAUUAAGUUUUGCAUCAAUUGUAAGACAGUUUCUGCUCAAAAAAAUGCCUAUGGCAUUGCACUUCUCAGAACAGCAUAAAAAUUAUGUUUCCACAUUCAUGAAAACUAUGUUAAUCAAUAUAUAAAAAUAAAAAUUAACUUUCUUGUACUUGUAUUGUUCAUGAGAAGUUUUAUGAUGAUAAUGCUUCUAUUCAUGGUAUAAUCCUUCGAAUACAAACCUUAAAAAGGUUAUCAACUUAAAUUAAGAAAAAACCUGGCAUCAUAUGUUGCAUUAAGGCCUCCUUGGUUUUAUUUAUCUUAUACAUACAUAUAAUGUAGAAAUAUGAAAUUAUAAUUGGUUAACAUAAGAGACGCAGCAUGACAACUAUUAUUUCUGAUUUUUUUGCAAUUAAGAUUUUAAAAAAUAUUUUGAAUUGUUGGUUCAAGAAUAAUUUAAUUAUUUUUAAAUUUUGGUUCAGACUAUUUUAUCAAUGAUUUUCAUUUAAAAAAUUGAAAUAUUGGGUUUUUGCUGG